UGAGAUCCGUGUAGUUGUAUGAUUUGUGGCUUUCAGCUUCAAGAGGAGGUGGUACGGCUGAAGGUGGAGGUUGAGAGACUUCAGACAGAGGGACAGAGAGACAAGGAAGAGAUUCAGACUCUUCAUCAGCACUGGGCCAGUAAAGAGGCAGAGCUGAGCAGAGUCGUUAAAGAUGCUGGUUCUCUGCUGAAGGUAGAGCUGAACGCUUGUAAACAACAGUUGGAGCUGGAGAGGAGCCGGUACUGUUACUUACACAACAGACUCAAAGUUAAAGACGACCCUCAUAUCUUGGGUAGGGGAACGGUAGAAACGUUUGAUAAAGGGACAGAGACAGAUAUACCACCACAGACACGGGAUGAACAGGUCUCGCUGGAGGAGCUGGGCCAGCUAAAUAGUGAACUUCAGAGGCUGGAGCUGGAAGCGGCAGAGAGAGAGCAGCACCUGAGGGAGAAGGAACAUGCUCUGAGGAGUCUGGAGAGACUGAGAGAUGCCGAGAGGACAGAGGCACAAAUCAAGGUUUCUACACUGGAGUUGAAGUUGAUUAACCUAAAGGAGCAGGCCGGGGGAGAAGGUCUAUGUCAUGGAGGCCAAGAAAAAGCGCAGCACACUGACUCACUGAGGUCUCAGCUAGAGGAGAGCAGGAGGAGAGCCAAUCAGCUGCAACAGGAGAGAGACCAGGCAGUUCAGAGGCUACAGACUCUACGCCAGCUACAUCAGGCUACAGAACAGACAGCAGCUGCUGGCAGCAAGAAAGAGAAAACGGUUUGUGUGGAUAACAUAGUAGACCAAGAUAAACAGAGAAGACUGGUGACAGAACAGCUGAAGAGUCUAUUUAAAGAGCGUGGGCAGUUGGGUCAGGUCUAUGGCAGAUCAGCAGGAGGAGGUCUGCAAGACUGGGCACCGAAGUCAAAGGUCAUCAAGAACUCCCUUGACACGCUACACAGCCAGAGGAAGAGAGAGAAGGAGCUGAUGAGGGAGCAGCAGCAGUCUGCAGGACUGGGAUCUGUGUCUGAGGAGCAGGAAGAGGAGGACGACCCAGAGAGGGAGGUGGAGGAGGAGGUGACUCGCCUUAGGGAGAAACUCCACAGCAAGACCCACGCGCCAAGCUAAGGUUUCAGCCACAGAUCCAAGAGUCGGGCACCACAGCGUCUAACUCUUCAGAGAAGACCACGUCAGAGAGUGGGGAUCCUCUUCUAUUGGAGAGAGACCGGGGAUCAUCAUCACCACCACCCCGCUGGGAAGAUGGAGUGUUCCUGGCUAGGCAGGUGCAGAUCGGCAGCCCUGAAUUGGAGGGGGAGGAAGAGGAAGAUGGACGCUGUGGCUGAUGCAUACUACAGUCGGGUCAUACCUGGUCCUAAUUUGCUCCCUUCCCCUUCCCCUUGGCCCUUAACUACUUCAAGGUUGUCAGAUCUGAAGCAUCUAUAUACGUAGAAGCAGUAUUUGUUGUCGAGCUUCCACUAUAUUGCUUCCACCAUAUUGCUUCCACCCCAUACAGAUCUGCAAACAUUGAAGCUAAUGGAGUCCUCCAUGGUUGUGUGAAGUCUUACUAUAGUCAUGCAGUGAUACAAAUCCCAAAAAGGUCUUACAAACCAGUGUUAAUGUCAAUCUACUGACUGGCGGUUAUAAAUAUGGUGCUUCUGUUGAUGAUUAACGAUGAAACAGGAAGUGAAAUGUGUUCCAUUGAUAAGAGUGAGAUGAUGACAACAGAGGAUGAUUUUUCUAAUAAUACGCCUACGCUAUACAAGCUAAUGAUCCAGAUGCAUACAUAUAGAGCUUGGUAAUAGUAGCAAUGUUAAUGUGGCUAAUACAUUAAAACUAAAAUGUUACCACGUACAACAUAACAUUUCUGGAGGUUUGUGAUUUUCUCAUUUUGUUGUAAUUUAAAAAAAAAAAUGAUUGCGUUAACUCACAUGAUCGUUUGUUCUCAUCUAAAUCAAUUGCAAUCUGCCAUCCAACUCAAAUGUAAGAGGUCUUGAAAAAGAAGGGUCAACACUGCAAAUAUUGACUCUUUGCAUCAACUUCAUGUAAUUGUCAA